GUGAGUAUUAGUGCUAACAAUAAAACUCUUUCUACAAAAUACAUUUACCAUUCACUUUCAAAAACACUCAGUUUAAAAUUGAUUAAUAAAGAAAAUUUCUAAAGAUAACGUGCCAAUAUUUGGGAUGGCUGAGGUAAACUCAUAUAGUCCUUUAAAGGCUUGAAGAAAGAUUUUCGCAAGCAAUGCUUUAUUCAAAACAAAUGUAACCCAAACUUUUUAUGGAAGAGUUUUUUUAUGAGAAUACGCUUGUCAGUUUGGGGAAUGAUGCCCAUUAGUUUAUAAUACAUAAAUCUAAUCUAUAUACUAAAUACUAAAAUUGAUAAAAAAUAUUGUUCUAACAAUAACGAUAGUGUUGGUAGAUUUCUUCAUUUUGAUAUACUGAAACGAAAUCUCAGAUAUCUUCAUUUCGAUAUACUGAAACGAAAUCUCAAAGAAAGCGAGAGAAAAUUACGUUUAAGGUCAAAUUUUGUUUCCAACAUGAAAACAUACAGCAAAAUGAUAAAGUUGUGGAUUCCCGUUGAGCUUUAAAAGUAAUUGAGGAUUGCAGUAGAAUCUUUAAAUGUUAAAAGUGGUCAGAUAGAAGAAGCUAUCUGAAACCAAUGUGUAUAAAGCUUGAAAGACUUAUUGCAGUCAGAACAGAAUAAAAUAACACAGCUAUCGUUUCGAAUAUUCAUGCUAUGGAAACUGAAAACUGAUUAACUUAAUACAAUCAAGACUGAAAUAUUAAAAAGGUAAAAUUUCCUUUGAAACAAGGAAAAUUUUAUAAGGUAUUCUUUCAAUUUCUUUUCUGUAUUUUGAAUCUUUUAAAUUAAAUGCUUUUUCUAAAGAAAAUUGAUUCCAUAUGGAUCAUGAGUUUUGGUUCAUUUGAUAGCUUACUAAAUGCUAUUUGAUGUACGUGAAUGAAAUUUAAAAUGGUGGAGAAAUUUCACGCAGUGACCGAGAAGAAAUAAGAAAAAGGGAAAUAUUUCUUCAGUUUGUAUAAGUUAAAAAGGAAACUUGUUCUCGUAACACAGCAUAAUUAAUUAAUGACGCAAAGUAUGAAUGUGCAGUUAAUACCGAACAAGGUCGCAUCUAUGGUCUGCCGAAUGUUGGCUCAAGUUACAAAACACGUGAGCAGUUUAAAAGGGAGCUAGUUAACGAAAGGUACCAUUUUUAGCCUCUAGAAGUAUAUGCAAUCUUUCACUGAUAAUUGAAUGGCCAUGACUUGGUGUCCAAUUGAAAGAACUCGAGAGCGAAACAUGCUUGUCAGAAUAUUUAUAGAAUUUGAGCAAUAAAACGGCGGACAUACCGUGAAUUAUUAUGUUGUUUUACUGUUUUUGAAACUGGAUUUCUAAUUGAGUCUCGCUUCAGGUCAGGUAGAAGAUCAUUAGCUGUCUUCAGAGAAGCUGUCUAACUAAAUAAUUUUUAUGAAGCCUACAGCCACACUUUCAACAUCUCUGUGAGUUUAAAAAGUUGGAAAUCGACACAGCGAUUGAGUUUUGACUUCAAUUGAAAUUUUGCGACAUUUGAAUAUAAACCGUGGUGAAAUUUUGAUAGUAAUCUAACAAACACGAAGCAAAAGUGAAAAACAGAAAAAGCUGUGAACUUUUAGUUGACUUAUUUUUUCAUCAUGAAGGAAGUAGUAUCAACCGUUUUGCAAAGACUAUUUCAGAGCUGUCCUUUAAGAACUGAAAGAUCCUACACACUGUCCGAAGUGUCAAACCAUUAUCAUCGCAAUGACUGCUGGAUUGUGAUAUGUGAUCAUGUGUAUGACGUCACGCCAUUUUUAGAUCAGCAUCCUGGUGGAAUUGAUAUCAUGAUGGAACAUGCAGGAAGGGAUGCCACCGUCGCAUUUUAUGGUGCAGGACAUCAUCCGAGCACGAUGGAACUUCUUGAAGCAUACUGUAUUGGCAGUUUAGCGCAGCAUGAAAGAGUUAAUUUGAUUGAUUCCUUGGCACCAAACAGUCGUCGCAGUUCCAUAUGGUCUACAGAAGGCAUCGUAGUAGCAGACUAAAGAUUCAAGAACUUUUCGACAAUUUCCUCGUCGCUAUCAUUUUAUUCAGCAUUAUAUCACUAAUAUUUGCAUUUGUGGACGUUGAUUAUAAGGAAUUUUGUACCUGUGUAGUCAAGAAUUUGAUUUAACUUAUACCAUAAAUUAAUUAUUUCUGAAUGCAAAACAUGCAUUAUUAAAUUUCAUUUAAGUUCCGUGUUUCUAUAUGGUUGUGUUGCAAGUUACAUUUUUAAAUUCAAACACAGAACGCUGCUGGAACGCAUAAUAAGCAUGAAAACAAUAGAUUUUAAGAUACGCUAGAUAACUCAUGACAUUAAUUAUAAUGAUUCAGCAUUAUAUUAUUCGUGUACUGAUAAUAAUUCAAAUAUAUAUGUUAUGAUAGUAGUUAAUAAUAAAGCUAAAUAUAUAUUUGGCGCUUAUUUCAUUGCAUGUAGCCUUUACUGAGUCUUUUCAUUAAAUUAACACAAAGUGAAAAUUUGAAUAUUGGGGCGGAACUGCAAAAAAUCGUACCACCACCUAUAUAAUGCUUAAGGCCUCGUUCCAACGACUUACGCAGUCUUGCAGUCUUUGCCGUGAUAAAAUUAGUUUACUUAUUCUGAUUAGGUCAUACAAGUUAGAUUAGACACAACAAUAACAUAAUUUGAAGAUUAUCAUUUAUUUAAAGGUAAAUUUACACCUUCUUUCGCUUAUCUUAUGGUGUACUUUGGUUUUUAGGUCUAUUUAAAACUCACACUUCUUGUUUUUUAUGAGGGUAAAAAAAAGUUGUGAGACAUUAUAAAAUAAUUUGGGAAUUAUAGAAGCAUUCUAAACUCUUAAGUUAUAUUGGGGUCUCCUAAAAUUUGAAAUUCUUGUAAGUCUGGGCAGUAAACGCAACUUGAUUAUAUUUAAGUACAUUUGAAGAUAAAAUCACUUUUUAUGCAUUCCACACUCUUGAAACACAUUUUCAUUAAAGAAUUUAAAGAAUAGUUGCAUAUAAGAACUUAAUUCAACUAUUUUAGUUAUGACACAUAAAAUACAUGUUGCUGGGCAAAUUAUGGAAUAAAUAAUUUUUUAACUUUCAGCUAGCGUAUAAAAAUAGUGUGAGAACUGUUCUAUUUAAACAUACGGAAUUACCUAAGUAAACGAAGGGAAAGGGAAUGUAAUUUGGAGUAAAGCCGUCAGAAUUAUACAUGAACUUUUGCAAAUUCCAUGAAAUCUUUCAUGGCAACUACCUCUCGCAGACAUUCGCCUCCGAAAGUGAUCAGAACUUCUUAAAAAUUUUCUUCAUAAUGCCAGCCUUAAUAAGCAUCAGUACACGACAUCCCCCAUUUAAAGAACCUCCUGCGGGGAAGUUCUAAAUCAUCUGGUAGGGUGGAUGGUUUAGAGAGGUUUCGUUGUAUGUGCUAGUAAAUAAAUGAAUACCCGCAACAUCUGCAUUUGCUUCUGAAAUUCUGUGUAUUUUAUAGAUUUAAAUAUAAUUAUUUAGUGUAUAUAUUCAUUAAAACAGUAACAUAUAAUGAUGUGUAAGUUUAGGUAUGAUAAAUCUACAAUGUUACCAGUGAAACCUUCUUAAAAUAACCGUUCAAGACCCCAACAAGUUUGGUCUUCUAUAGAAAGUCAUCCACCGUAAGGAAUUUUGUUUUUAUUAGUACUCAAUGCUGUUAUUUAAUUAUGCUCUCAGGAAUUCAUAUCUCUCAGGAAUAUUUUCAGAAUUUCUCAUCGUGAAAAGUUUCACUGCAUUCUACAAAUUUUUGUUCUUAUCAUUAUAAAUGUAUAUGAUAUUAUUGAUUUACCAAUAUAUAUUACGUGCAGUUUUCUAAUUUAUAUUACUUUUCGUCAAUGAAAUACGAAUUUAUCUUAAAUUUUAAAAAACUAGAAAAUAGUUUUGAUCUGUUUCUAAGAAAUAAUAUGUAUCAGAGGAUUAUGUUGGCAUGUUUAUAUGAUCAAAGAUGAAGGACAUGUUCUUAAAUUAUUAUUCAUUUUAUUGUAGCUCAUCUGUACAAUUGCAUUUUUUCAUUAUUAUACCUAUAGCAUAUUUUUCUAAUAAAUAUAUCUCGUGUAAGUAGUA